GGAACAGAAGUGGACCUUUUAAAAUGUUGCCCUGUAAGAAGAGAAGAACUACAGUGACAGAGUCCCUUCAACAUCAGGACAUCCCGGAGGGAGAGAACUUAGACUUGGAAUCAGCUGUUACAGUAGAAUCAGGUCAGGCUAAAGACUUAGAGUCACUGUCACUGUGCUGGGGUCCAAGUCAUGGCUGAGCAGCUGACCUGGAAGUACAGUCUGCAGGAUGCAGGAAAUCAGCUUGGCAUGGAGACUCCAUCUUCAGGCUGUGGCGUGCUCACCCAGGACCCAAAUGUACCAAUUUUAGAAGCUGUCGAUGUGGCCAUCUCUCAGGAAAUCACUGUGUCAUCCUCAGAAUCUCCGCAGCCCAUUAACAUACAUAUUGGAAAAGAAAAACUCCAAAUCACUGACUUAAAGAGAGGGAAGAAAAUUACAGUUAGGCCUGAACUGGUUACUCAAGAAGACAGCGGCAAUCAUACUAUCACAGAAGAGCCUUUUUCAGGAGAGCUGAGUGAUGAAAUCAAGAAAGAAGGAGGAAAACCUCAGGUGCUUCCUGCAGAGGCGCUGCCUUUACUGCCCUCAGGCAGCCACUCAACAAAGUUCGGAGCCCAGCCCAGGAGAUCUGCUGUGCCAGAGUUCUGUGCCCCGCAUCAGGAGAAGCCACUUGGGGCUCUCGCUCAACACACUGAGGAGGAGACUGAUGACGGUGGACUUUUCAUUCCAACAGAAGAGCAAGAUAAUGAACAAAAUGAGAAAAGGCAUAAAAAGAAAAGGGGUACUAAGAGGAAGCGAGACGGAAGGGGGCAAGAAGAAGGGACUUUGACUCAUGACCUGAAACUGGAUGACAUGCUGGACCGCACGUUAGAGGAUGGGGCCAAGCAGCACAACCUAACUGCUGUCAAUGUUCGCAACAUCCUUCAUGAAGUAAUUACAAAUGAACACGUCAUAGCAAUGAUGAAAGCAGCUAUCAGCGAGACGGAAGAUAUGCCAAUGUUUGAGCCUAAAAUGACACGCUCUAAACUGAAGGAAGUGGUGGAGAAAGGAGUGGUCAUUCCAACGUGGAAUAUUUCAUCCAUUAAGAAGGCCAUUGAAAUUAAGCCGCCUCAGUUUGUGGAUAUUCAGUUGGAGGAAGAUGAUUCUUCAGAUGAAGAGUACCAGCCAGAUGAUGAAGAAGAAGAUGAAACUGCUGAAGAGAGUUUAUUGGAAAGUGAUGUUGAAAGCACUGCUUCAUCUCCUCGUGGAGCAAAGAAAUCCAAACUGAGGCAGACUUCUGAGAUGACUGAAACAGAUGAGGAGAACAGCGUAUUAUCAGAGGUUGAGAAAAUCACGACACCGGCCACCAGACACCUCAGUGUGGAGGUGGUACCAAUGGGACCCCCACCCCCUCCGAAGCCCAAGCAGACCAGGGAUAGCACUUUCAUGGAAAAGCUGCAUGCAGUAGAUGAGGAGCUGGAUUCUAGCCCAGUCUGCAUGGAUUCUUUCCAGGUUAAUAAUGAUGUACCAGACAGUUGUCACACCAUGGAUGACAGUCUCAUUGCAUUUCGAACCCGGUCCAAGAUGCCCUUGAAAGAUGUUCCCCUGGGGCAGCUAGAGGCAGAACUCCAAGCUCCAGAUAUUACCCCAGACAUGUAUGGCCCCAAUACAGCGGAUGAUGAGGACUGGAAGAUGUGGCUAGGGGGCCUCACAAAUGAUGAUGUUGGAAAUGAGGACGAGGCAGAUGACGAUGAUGAUCCAGAAUAUAACUUCCUAGAGGACCGUGAUGAGCCAGACACAGAGGAUUUCCGCACUGACCGGGCAGUAAGAAUCACCAAAAAGGAAGUGAAUGAACUGAUGGAAGAGCUGUUUGAAACUUUCCAAGAUGAGAUGGGAUUCUCCAAUAUGGAAGAUGAUGGCCCAGAAGAGGAAGAGCGUGUGGCUGAGCCAAGGCCAAAUUUUAACACGCCUCAAGCCCUGAGGUUUGAGGAGCCUCUGGCCAACUUGCUAAACGAGCAACAUCGCACAGUGAAGGAGCUCCUUGAACAGCUGAAGAUGAAGAAAUCUUCAGCCAAACAGCAGCAGGAGGUAGAGAGGGUUAAGCCCCAGCGUGAGAAAGUUCAGCAGACUCUGAUUUUAGACGCAGCACAGAGGAAGAGACUCCAGCAGCAGAUGCAACAGCAUGUUCAGCUCUUGACACAGAUUCACCUUCUUGCCACCGCUAACCCCAGUCUCGGUUCAGAGGCCACGACCACCAGGAUAUUUCUGAAAGAACUGGGAACCUUUGCUCAAAGCUCCAUUGCUCUUCACCACCACUUCAACUCCAAGUUCCAGACCUUGUUUCAACCAUGUAAUCUGAUGGGAGCUAUGCAGCUUAUUGAAGACUUCAACACACAUGUCAGCAUUGAACGGAGUCCUCGUAAAACUGUCAAGAAAACUGCCUCUGAGUUUCCAUGUUUGCCAAAGCAAGUGGCUUGGAUCCUAGCCACCAACAAGGUUUUUAUGUAUCCAGAGCUACUGCCAGUGUGUUCCCUGAGAGCAAAGAAUCCUCAAGAAAAGAUUUUGUUCACCAAAGCUGAGGACAAUUUAUUGGCUUUAGGACUGAAGCACUUUGAAGGGACUGACUUGCCUAAGCCUCUAAUCAGCAAGUACCUUCUAACCUGUAAGACUGCCCACCAGUUAACUGUGAGAAUAAAAAACCUCAGCAUGAACAAAGCCCCUAAUAACAUCAUUAAGUUUUACAAGAAGACCAAGCAACUACCUAUCUUAGUGAAGUGCUGUGAAGAGAUCCAGCCGCAUCAGUGGAAGCCACCAGUAGAGCGGGAAGAACAUCAACUUCCAUUCUGGCUAAAGGCCAGCCUGCCUUCCAUCUGGGAAGAACUGCAGCACAUAGCUGAUGGUGCCAGAGAGGUAGGCGGCAUGGCUGCAACUGCUGGAAUCAACUCAGACCCAGGCCUAGAAAAGGGCAGCUCAGAAUUGGACACUGGAACUCAGUACCCACUGAUACUGCCUAAGGGUGUAGUCCUAAAACUGAAGCCUGUUGCCAACCGUUUUUCCAGAAGGGCUUGGAGACAGAAGCGCUCAUCAGCUCUGAAGCCCCUCCUUAUCAGACCCAGCCCCUGCCUGCAGCCUGCCUCCAACUCUGGGAAGACACUAGUUAGGCCAGCUGAGUCAGAAGCCCCACCCAGCAAAGUGGUGGUCCGCAUUCCUCAGCUGAUCCAGCCAGCCCCUGUUUUACAGACUAUGGCAGAGGUCCCUCCCUUGGGGAGCACCGGGAAUGACGGCUUUGAGUCUCUAACAGCACUGCCUGCUCUACCACCCGAGGCCAGGACCAGCUUCCCUUUGUCUGAAUCCCAGACCCUGCUGUCUCCUGCCCCCCUGCCCAAGGUACUGCUGCCCUCACUUGCCCCUUCUAAGUUUCGAAAGCCAUGUGUGAAGAGGAAGGGAUCCAAGAGAAAGGGGCCCAAGGCUGCUGUCUGUCUGAAGGCCGCCCCCGUCAUCCACACUGCACCUGUGAUCUUCACGGUUCCCGCCACUACUGUGAAAGUUGUGAGCCUUGGCAGUGGCUGCAACAUGAUUCAGCCUGUCAGUGCCGCUGUGGCCCAGACUUCACAAACCAUCCCCCUCACCACCCUCCUGGUCAACCCAGCUUCCUUCCCGUGCCCGUUGAACCAGCCCUUUGUGGCCUCCUCCAUUCCUCCUUUAAUUGUUUCAGGCAACUCGGUCAAUCUUCCUGUAUCAUCCACCCCUGAGGAUAAGACGCAAGUCAAUGUGGACAGCGUUGGCUGUCCUUUAGCAGAAGGGAAUAGUGCCUUUCAAGGCCUACAACCCAAAUUAGAGCCCCAGGAACUAGUUCCUGUGUGUGCUACUGUCUUCCCCAAAGAGGAGCGCAGCCCAGUGCCCGCUGCAGCAGAGAGAGGAUGUCAGGAAGUGUUGCCAGAGAGCAACGUCUAUGGCUGGACAAUUGUGAAAACAGAAGAGAGGAGACAGGCUCUGGAAGCACUGCCGCCAGGCCUCCAGGACUCUCUGAGCUCUCCCCAGGAGGACUUAAAGGUCAUUGUCAAGAUGGAACCUAAAGACCCUGGGGAGGAAAUCUCCAGUGGAUUCCCUGAGCAGGACAUGGGUGGUGAAAUCAAAGAAGAACAUUCUGUGGAAUUAGACACUGGCUUCCCAAGUGAGGAGUCAGGGGGUGCUAGAGAGGUGAAGAAGCAGACAGUCUUACUAACAGAAGUAGAGAAAGGUCAGCCAGCUAGAACCCAUUCAGUGUCUCAAGAGCCUGAGGAUGGCAACUCAGGAGAAGUGAGCAAAGGGUCUCCACAGAAUGCAUCCUUCUCCACUGACCCAGAGUUGGUACUGAGCAGCCCCCCAGGGAGACCUGAAGACUCAUCCAGCAUGGAUGGUCAGUCCAUGGGGACCCCAGCAGGGCCAGAACCUGGAGGAGAAAAGGAUGGACCAGAGGAAGAAGAGGAGGAGGACUUUGAUGAUCUUACCCAAGAUGAGGAGGAUGAGAUGUCCUCAGCUUCUGAGGAAUCUGUGCUUUCUGUCCCAGAACUUCAGGAAACCAUGGAGAAACUGACUUGGCUUGCAUCUGAAAGGCGAAUGAGUCAGGAGGGAGAGUCUGAGGAAGAGAACUCCCAGGAAGAGAACUCUGAACCUGAGGAAGAAGAGGAGGAAGAAACAGAAGGGGUAGAAAACCUACAGAAAGAGGAUGAAAUGACAGAUGAGGCAGUUGAAGACCCUGCUGAGAAGCCUCCCACCCCCUACGCCUCACCCAAGACUGCUCCGGAAGUGGAGACCAGCAGUACUCCACCAGGAGAGAAUGUCAAGGUUGCUGGGAAAGGCCGGAGCAGCCAUCGUGCUCGCAACAAGCGGGGAAGCCGGGCCCGUGCCAGCAAGGACACCUCCAAGCUGCUGCUGCUGUACGAUGAGGACAUUCUCGAGCGGGACCCACUCAGGGAGCAGAAGGACUUGGCCUUUGCCCAGGCGUAUCUGACCAGGGUACGAGAAGCUUUGCAACAUGUCCCUGGCAAGUAUGAAGAUUUCCUUCAGAUCAUCUAUGAAUUUGAGUCAAGCACUCAGAGGCAGACCGCUGUGGACCUCUACAAGAGUCUGCGAAGUCUGCUUCAAGACUGGCCUCAGCUGGUGAAGGACUUUGCUGCUUUCCUGUUGCCUGAGCAAGCUCUGGCCUGUGGACUAUUUGAGGAGCAGCAGGCUUUUGAGAAGAGUCGCAAGUUUCUUCGGCAGCUGGAAAUUUGCUUUGCAGAGAAUCCUUCCCACCACCAGAAGAUUAUCAAGGUGCUCCAGAGCUGUUCAGACUGCCUGCCACAGGAGAUCACAGAGCUCAAGACACAGAUGUGGCAGCUCCUCAAGGGCCAUAACCACCUGCAAGAUGAGUUCUCCAUUUUCUUCGACCAUCUGCGCCCAGCAGCAAACCGAAUGGGAGACUUUGAAGAGAUCAGUUGGACCGAGGAGAAGGAGUAUGAGUUUGAUGGCUUUGAAGAAGUGGCACUGCCUGAUGUGGAAGAGGAAGAGGAGCCUCCCAAGAUCCCCACAUCUUCAAAGAAUAAAAGAAGAAAAGAGAUUGGGGCUCAAAAUCAUGAUAAGGAGGCUGAGUGGCCAGAUGGGGCCAAGGACUGUGCCUGUUCCUGCCAUGAAGGACCUGAUUCAAAGCUAAAGAAAAGCAAAAGGAGAAACUGUGGCCACUGCAGCAACAAGGUCUGUGACAGCAAGUCCUACAAGAGCAAGGAGCCCCAUGAGCUGGUGGGCAGCAGCCCCCACCGAGAGCCCAGCCCUAUGCCAAGCACAAAGGAAACUGGCCAAGCCAAGGAUGUGAUGGAGGAAGAAGCCAUGAAGGAUCAAGAGAGCGGGGAGGCAAUCCAGAGUAGGACUGGCAAGACCUCCAGAAAGGGAGAGGUGUCCGUGUCAGCAGGGUAUACUUUGCUGUCCCCUCAUGAAGCAAACCAGAUCCCCCCACAAGGACCACCACCCUGUUCAUCAGAGAUUCAACUUCUCUGCAAGACUGGAACUAUGCUGGACACUGUUGAGAAAGACCAAGCUGGGUGUCCCUCCUGCCCUGGGACAGCCUCCCAAUUUGACGGUGAGAGGGAGGGCUCUGAGGCAGAGGUUCCUAUGCUGGUCUGGGACCCUUCAAAUAUGGACAAAUUACCUGGAACCAUCAAAGCCCCUGCUUUCCUCCCAAGUCCUGAUUCCACUGAGAGUAGAGACUUAGAGAGAAGACAGGUGCCUUCAGAACCAGAGACUCCAGAGGACUGGCCGCCUACGAGCAGAACUAGGGAGAAGGCAGCUGACAGGACGUCCCCUGUCCAGGAACCUCCUUCAUUAGCAACUGGGAUCUCAGAGACUCCUCUCAAGUCAGCCAGAGUUUUGGAUAAAGACAGUGGAAUCCAGGGCAGGAGUCCAGAGGGGGAGCAGCAGCCAAAGGCCACAGAGGCUACAGUCUGUGCCAACAACAGCAAGGUCAGCUCCACGGGUGAGAAGGUAGUCCUGUGGACAAGGGAAGCCGACCGUGUGAUUCUCACCAUGUGUCAGGAGCAAGGAGCUCAGCCACAGACCUUCAGUGUCAUUUCCCAGCAGCUGGGAAAUAAGACCCCUGCUGAGGUUGCCCACCGCUUCCGAGAGCUCAUGCAGCUCUUCCACACGGCCUGCGAAGCCAGCUCGGAGGAUGAGGAUGAUGCCACCAGCACCAGCAACACUGACCAGCUAUCUGACCAUGGGGACCUUCUGUCAGAGGAGGAGCUGGAUGAAUGAGGCUCAGGGGACCUUGAGUGUCACAUGCACCGGUUCAGCCCCACCGCACCCUGCUGAGGGGAGGGCGCUAGUACAGCUCUGAGUCAGGAUCCUGAGCCAAAGGGCCGGGGCUGAGGAUGGGGAGUUCAGGCUGGCAGCUUUGCCCCUUGUGCCCCAUUCUGGAUCUCUUCUGAAGACCAGAGAAAGGAGUCUGUAAAUAGCAGAGAGCAGGCCCUGCUCCUCUUCUGCCUUUGUUUGUGUGAUGGUACAUAUUUAUUAUUGUAAAUGUAAUAAACGCAGAUGUUGGCGUGAGUCCUGAGACACUGA